UGAGAAAAUAGGAUUUUGAGUGUCGGUUUACGUGAAUUAAAUUGAUCAUUGUACUGGAAGUGAAAUGAGUUUUCCAGUAAAAUGACUUCAAUUGAUGAUUUUAUUGGUACUGAUUAGUUUUUGUGUGAUAUAGGGCUUUGAUUGCUAGUUUAUGUAGCUUAAAUUGAUCGUUUUACUGUAAUUGAUGAGAUUUGGUGUUAUUUAUGGCUGUAAGUUGAGAGGAUAGGGCUUUGAUUGCUUGUUAUUGAUUGUUUGAAGUCAAGUAAUGAGUUUUUGUGUGAUUUGAUUUGUUGUGUUACUAGAAUUGGUGAUUUGUCGUGUGACUUUAGUAGUAAAUUGAGAAAAAUCGGGCUUUGAUUUCUCGUUUAUGUGAAUUUGAUUAUUUUUUUUGAAUUAAUGUGUGACUGUGUUUUAGGCAUAAAUGAUCCAUAUAAUCUAUUUGUUUAUCGGGAAUUGAUUUCUCGUUUGUGUGACUUUAGUUUAUCGGUUUACUUGAAUUAAUGUUUUUUUUGUGUGAUUCGAUUUAUUGUGUUACUAGAAUUGGUGAUUUUAUCAGUAAAUUGAGAAUAAUAAGGCUUUGAUUUCUCAUUUAUGUGAAUUUGAUUUUUUUUAUUUUUGUGUGUGAUUUUUGGCUGUAAGCGUAGAUAACAGGGCUUUGAUUUCUGGUGUAUGUGACUUGAGUUGAUCGUUUUGCUGCAAUUGAUGAGUUCGUGUGUGAUUUUUUGCAGUAAUUUAAGAUAAUAGUGUUUUGAUUGCUGGUUUAUGCGACUCAAUUGAUCGUUUUACUUGAAUUCGUGAUUUUUGUCGUAAGUUGAGGAGAGAGGUGAUUGCUGUUUCUUGUGAAGAGAUGGCAAACCGAAGAGAGGAUGAGAGGAAUGAAAGAACUAUACGGAAUCUGCUCAAGCUUCCCGACAAUCGGCGUUGUAUAAACUGUAAUAGUUUGGGGCCGCAAUAUGUUUGCACUAAUUUCUGGACAUUUGUUUGCACAACAUGCAGCGGUUUACAUCGGGAGUUCACCCAUAGAGUGAAGUCAGUAUCCAUGGCUAAAUUUACCUCACAAGAAGUUAGUGCUCUUCAAGGAGGAGGAAAUGCGAGUGCAAAGGAAAUAUAUUUGAAGGAAUGGGACCCACAGCGUAAUUCUCUUCCAGAUGGAAGUAAUGUAGAGAGGCUUCGUGAUUUUAUUAAGCAUGUGUAUGUGGAUAGAAGAUACUCCGGUGAAAGGAGCUUUGAGAAGCCACCAAGGGGAAAGAUGGCUGAAGCUGAGAAGACAGAUACCUACCAGGGUGGCUCCCGAAGCCCACCAAAUGAGGAAAUAUAUGAGCGUCGAUAUAGCGACAGGCCUAGUCCCGGUGGGAGAAGUAGUGGUGGUAGAAGUCCUGGAUAUGAUCAAAGAAGCCCUGCCCGUGCUGAAGUAAUCAAUGACUGGCGAAGGGAGGAUAGGUUUGGGAAUGGAAGGAGAUCUGAUGACGGUCGGACUUCUGAUGGUGGAUCCAAGUUUGAAAGCAUGUCACCUGACCGGACAAGCGACCUCGACACAUCCAGUCCCCCAAUGGUACGGCCUGUUAGAGAGAUUCUUGGAGAUAGUGUAUCUCCCCUUCGAGUUAUUGAACCUCCAAAAACCAAUGGUGGUAGGUCUGCUGCUGAUGGUUCCAUGCAAACUCAGCGGACUGCAUCUUCCAGUAGUUUGGCGUCCUCCAACGGGAACCCUGUUGAACUUAAGACCGAAACCUCAUUAAUCGAUUUUGAUGAUGUUCCUGAACCCCCAGCUUCUGCACCAGCAGCACAAAUACAACAAUCUGUUACGGUCAUGCCCGCUGCACAACCAACAAAAUCUGCUGCUGAUAACUGGGCGAAUUUUGAUUCAUUUGCAGAGGUUAAAGCAUCUCCAGCUCCUUCAAACACCAAUCUUCUAGAAACUGUACUCUCAGAGUUGUCAGCUCCUGCAACUGCAACUGCUCCUUCUGGAAGUCCUGGUGGCAGUGCAGCUCCAUUCACUCCUUUCAGUAGUUUUGCUCCUGGAGCUGCAACUAUGGACAACUCAGCAGCAUUUCCUCUAGGUGGUGCUCCGGCUGCAUCCACUGGACCGACAUCAACACUGCCGGUUAGUGGUGGUAAUGCCUUGGCAAAUACUCCCGGUGGACAAUGGUCGAAUAUGCAACCUCAGCAGACUUCCUUGUUUCCUAUGGGUGGCGCACAGGCUAUAUCACCACUUUCUACUCCAGCUGCUGGUGGACCUUCUGCCAAUCAGCAAUGGAAUUCUUCAGUUGCCCCAAGCAUACUGGGUUUUCCUAGUUCUGCGACUGCACAAGCUCCUCAAGCUGUACACCCUGUCCUUCCGGAAGCCAAUUCUGUAGAAAUCAAAUCUAGCGGAAGAAAAGAACUGCCUGCGGAUUUGUUUGCUGUAAAUUAUUCUUCAGUCCCUGGAGUUUUUCCAGGCUGGCAUACUGGUCCACAGCAUGGCUAUGGAUUCGCGAUGCAGUACAACAUGUCAAUGGCUCCAAAUGCUUUACCACAACCAUCAAAAUCAUCAAAUCCUUUUGAUGCCAUAAAUGAACCAACUUCACAAGCUCCAACGUUUCCAUCAAUGGCAUCAUUACAAGGUGCACUACCAAACAUGGCAGCUCCAACUGGAUUGCUGCAUACAUCCAGCCUCGGUGCCCCAACUUCUCAUCCUCUGGGAAUGCCUCAGCAAGCACCAUCUUAUGCGUCAGCGGUUCCACCAGGUUCAUACAUGGGGCAUCAAGUAGCUGGUAGCAUGCCACAAAGACCGCCAGGAAUAGCAAAUUUUGGCUUUGAUGGGGUUGCUUUUGGAGGUCAAAACUCGAAUCAGCAGUCGGGUGGACUAUAUUCAGCACCCCCUACCCAGAACACCUUCUCUUCUUCCGGAGGAAACCCAUUCGGCUAAAGAAAAUUUGUUCAUAAUGUGCUUGAAUUCUCAAUUCGAGUCAGGAAAUUUUCGUAGCUGUUUGUUGUAGAAUAUUUUAUGCUCGAGGCGUUUCCAAGGGUUAUAUGCAUCGUCACCGAGCAUCGGAUCCACUGUACUGCUGCCAAAAGGAAGUGUGCUGGAAGGAACUAAAGGAUUUAUCAAUGAAUGGGAACCUUCAUUGUGAGACAUAUCUAUCAUGUGCAUUUUGCUUGCUGCACCUAAAAUGUGUAUUAUUCUUUUUUUGUCCCCUUAUUUUCUUUUUAUUAUUUAUUAACCUUCUUUUUUAAUCCCCUGUUUUCAUUGCCAGCCUUGAAAUUAUAGUGUUUUUACAUAUUUUUGUUUUUUGCUAGUAUUGUUGUGGUCAAUGUAGAAUUUCAGCUGUAUUGUACAGUUUUGUAUUACUUGUACAAUAGGAUUUUAUGUAAUAUCUAAAUUCUUUGUUCCUUUUGGCCUUCUAAAAUUGGAAAAAACUUUGCUGUUU